GGUAGAGUCCCUGUUCUCUCUCUCUCUCUCUCUCUCUCUCUCUCCGUUCCAUUACCAGGAAACAGAAAACCGAACCCUAAUUUCAAGAGAUCGGCUGGAUCAGUUGAAAGUGAGAAAAAAAAUUAAUAUAAAAUAGGUAUCGGGUGAUUCCGGCAGGGAAGGGGAAGAGGAAGACCAGAAUCGUCCACCCGCUGAAUCCAGUCCAGAUCGGAAAUUCCUGAUCUAGAUCUCCGGGUUUAAAACCCUAGUAUAUUGCAUCUAAUGAAGACUGGAUAUCUUGUAGUUUAUACUUUAUUUUUUUGGCGUAAUUGCAGUAAUAUUGGUUUAUGUUAUUUGAAUUAGUACAUGAUGGGUCUUUUUUGUUUCUUUUCACAUAUCUUUGUGAAUGAUGAAACAGUAGAUGAUGAAUGUCCUCUAUCUCAUCAGUCUUCCACUUGGAUAGGGAUUGCUAUGUAAAAAAGAGAAGGUACAUUUAAAUUAGUUAACAAUUUAAAAAAAUAAGUAAUCAGGUAAAAUUAAAAAUAAUCAGGAAAUGAUGAAUCGGUUACCAUUAAUUGAAAGAAUAAUCAGGAAAUGGUUAUUUUGUGUAAUUUUGUUUUAGAUUUGCUGUUAGAUGGUUGAAUGAUCGAAAUGUUUUCUCUUAAGUUCCUUUUUUUUUUUUUGUAAUUUUGUAUUGGUUUUACAUGGUUGAAUUGGAUUUAAAUUACAUGGUUCAAUGCUCAAAAUAAUUUUUUAUAUUGUUUUAAGGUAAUUUUUAAUAUUUUUUGUAAUUUUCAGAUACUUUUUGAGUUUUGAAGUUUUGGGUCGGGUCCAGUUGUGUCCGAGCGGGUCGGAUUAGACCCCACCCUACUUGGAUAUGCUAGUUUUUUUCCCUUGAUAUGCUACUUUCUUCUUUUUUUUCUUUAUUUACAAAAGUUUUUGUUGGUAAGGAUAGCUUUUGCCUAUAGUGAUAUGUUGUCUCCUUUUUUUUCUUCAUUCCAUACUACUCUAAUCGGAGUAUCUGGCUUAUAUAUGAAAUGUUACUGACUUGCUGAUGCAUGCACUCAUUCCAGUUGUUGCUUUAUAUACAAUGGUAUUUGCAUGUAUAAAUUGCUCAACUCUCAUAUGUUCAUGAAAAACUCAAGUUCAUCUGUGCUCUCAGGUCAUCGUAAGCUAGCUAUAAUAGUUGAACUCUUUGUAACUGCAACACAUCCAUUCUGUCUCUGGGCAAUCUUCAAAAUGGUGGUUCUUGCAGCUUCCAUAAUAACCAAAACGGGCAAAGCCUUGGUAUCAAGACAGUUUGUGGACAUGACUCGCAUCAGAGUAGAGGGACUACUCUCAGCAUUCCCCAAGUUGGUCGGCAUAGAGAAACAACACACAUAUGUAGAGACUGAGAAUGUCCGCUAUGUUUAUCAGCCUAUUGAGUCCUUAUAUUUGCUUCUGGUCACAAACAAGCAGAGUAAUAUUCUAGAAGAUCUUGAAACCUUGAGGCUUUUGUCAAAGUUGGUACCUGAGUAUUCUCCUUCUUUGGAUGAAGAGGGGAUUUGCAAGAUGGCAUUUGAGCUGAUUUUUGCCUUUGAUGAAGUCAUAUGCCUUGGACACAAGGAGAAUUUGACUGUUCCACUGGUCACGAAAUACUGUGAAAUGGAGAGUCAUGAAGAGAAGUUACAUCUUCUGGUCAGGCAGAGCAAAAUCAAUGAUACCAAAGAUAAGAUGAAGCAAAAGGCCAGUGAAAUUGACAAAAGCAAGAUUGAGAAAUCCAGAGGAGAUAAAGGAGGGUUGACGUCUCUGAAUUCAUCUGGGCUGGGAAGACUUGACAAUGGCUUCAGCAAAAUGGGAAUUUCUGGUGGAGGUGGAGGGGGUUUUGGCAGCGGUUCCAUUCAUGGUUUGGAUGUAGACUUGGAGUACCCCAAACCAAAAGGUCCCUCAUCUGUGGAUGCCCCUGCACAUGCGCCUGCAAAGGGUUUAGGGAUGCAGCUAGGGAAGACUCAGAAGACGAACCGAUUUCUUGAAUCUCUAAGGGCCGAAGGCGAAGUCAUUUUGGAGGAUGUAUCGGCAAAUACUAGUUUAUCAAAGGUUUCUGCAGCAGUUGUGCCCACAGAUCCUGUUACAUUAUGCAUUGAAGAGAAGAUAAAUGUGACACUCAAGAGGGAUGGUGGGUUGAGUAACUUUGAAGUGCAAGGCACUCUUUCCCUUCAAAUUCUGAACAGAGAUGAUGGGUUCAUCCAAGUCCAGAUUGACACAGGAGACAAUGCGGGUUUGCAGUUUAAAACCCAUCCUAACAUCAACCGGGAGUUGUUCUCAAAUCAAAAUAUUCUAGGCCUCAAAGAUCCUAGUAGGCCUUUCCCCACAAGCCAAACUGGUGAUGCAGCUGGUGUUGGCCUCCUAAAAUGGAGAAUGCAAAGCACCAAUGAGUCUCUUGUUCCAUUGAGCAUCAAUUGUUGGCCAUCUGUUUCUGGUGGUGAGACUUAUGUGAGCAUAGAAUAUGAAGCUUCAUCGCAGUUUGAUCUCCACAAUGUUCUCAUUUUGAUACCUUUGCCUGCCCUACGUGAUCCUCCCAAUGUCAGGCAGGUUGAUGGAGAAGGGAGUUAUGAUCCAAGACGUUCUUGCUUAGUGUGGUCCAUUCUGCUCAUUGACAGCUCUAACAGGAAUGGUUCUAUGGAAUUUGUUGUGCGGGCAGCUGAUUCAUCCGCUUUUUUUCCUAUCAAUGUGGAAUUUACAUCAGCCAGGACUUUUGCUGAAGUGACGGUUGUCCAAAUUAUAGCUUUAAAAGGAGGUGCACCUCCAAAACAUUCAAGCAGGGUGCAGUUGCUGACUGAUAAUUACCAGGUGGUUUGAUUUUGAGAUGAUGAAGGGCCUAAUGCCAUAAUGCCAUCUGUUGAGCAUUCUUUUUGCGGUUUCAAGUGAAAUAAAGUUAGAGACCAUGCAAGUGUAGAUUGUUUGCUUUUAGUAAAAAUAGAACCAAGAGCUUGAAGAUGUCUCAUUUUCUUUCUUCAUCUUGGUGUCUUGGUGCACGUUGGCGGUAAUUGAUUGGGGAUUUAUGUGGGUUUUUUUGUGACCUCCUUAAUGAAUACUUUAGUUCUAUCUUAAAGGCAUUGUGUUGAAUAUC